AUGGAGCCGCUGGAGACGAACAGCAGCUGCAGCAACGGGUCUCUGAUCACCCUUUCGUGCCUUUCCCGCCGGGUUGUGUGCCAAGUGAUCAGCGAUGCUGACCCAGCUGACUCUGCUCAGGACAAUGGGACUUCGGAUAGUUUCUGGAUAACUCAACUGGAAAGCAAUUAUGGAUUCUACAUUGGCCUGGGCUUGGCUGUCUUCUCCAGCUUCCUCAUUGGAAGCAGUGUCAUCCUCAAGAAGAAGGGGCUGCUACGGCUGGUGGAGAAGGGAGGCACCAGGGCAGGAGAUGGAGGCCAUGGCUACCUAAAGGACUGGCUCUGGUGGGCUGGCUUGAUAACCAUGGGUGGAGGGGAAGCUGCCAACUUUGCUGCCUAUGCCUUUGCUCCUGCAACUAUUGUCACGCCUCUGGGGGCUCUGAGCGUGCUCAUAAGUGCCAUCCUGUCUUCAUAUUUGCUUGGAGAACGGCUCAACCUGCUGGGAAAGCUGGGCUGCAUGCUGAGCCUGGUGGGCAGCACUGUGAUGGUGAUACAUGCUCCAGAGGACGAGGAGGUCACCACUCUGGAUGAAAUGACUUCCAAGCUGAAGGAGCCAGGUUUCCUCGCUUAUGCUGCGAUCCUCUUGGCACUCUGCUUCCUCCUGAUCUUCUACCUGGCACCCCGUUAUGGCCAGAGCAACAUCCUCGUCUACCUCACCAUCUGCUCCGUUAUUGGUGCCUUCUCCGUGUCCUCAGUCAAGGGCUUGGGAAUUGCCAUCAAGGGCUUCUUUGCUGGCCGGCCUGUGCUGCAGCACCCACUGACAUGGAUCCUGGUCAUCACGCUGGUGGCAGCCAUCACUACACAAAUUAACUACCUCAACAAGUCCCUGGACAUUUUUAACACCUCUUUGGUGUUUCCCAUCUACUACGUGCUGUUCACCACCAUCGUCAUCACGACUUCCAUCAUCCUCUUUAAGGAGUGGGUCGCCAUGACCGUCAUCGACAUCAUCGGGACAGUUUGUGGCUUCCUCACCAUCAUUCUGGGGGUGUUUUUACUCCAUGCCUUCAAAGACCUGGAUGUCAGUUUAGGGAAUCUACCACAAGUCCUCCAGAAUGAAGAGCAAGUGCCGGUCACCAGAGAUGACAAGAACAUCCUGAUAGAGGUGGACAACUCCAGCAUCGCCCCAGAGGAUAAACCCAAGGCACUGGCAUGAACUCUAAAAUACACACCAGUAUCUCAAGUGGAGAUGAGAGACAAGACCUGAACAGUGCACUCCUGCUAUUCAGACUCUGCUCAUCCAUAUUUGGUCACUUGCUCUGCAAGAAUAUUGGUGAAUAUGGGCAAAACUUGGCAUUUUUUGGAAUAGACACUGGCUCAGGCUCAGUGGCUGGACCCAAACCAUGAAGUGCUUUUGGACCAUAGCAGGGAAAUCUUUUUCAACUUUUGUUUUUCUGUGAGAUCCAGGAGUUUCCCUGCAGCACAGUGUUAAUUAUUUUUAUGGGAGUUUUGGUUGUUUGGGGUUUUCUUUUUCCUUAGCAGCCACGGUGCCCAGGCCAUGUUGAUGUGGUUGGUAAAGUUUCUGGGCCUGAUCCAGACCUCACCUGAACAAGGGGCAGCCUCUUCUCAGGCUGGGGAGCUCUGUCAGGAUAAACUCCAUGUCAGGAGAAACGCUGCUUGUGAUAAUCUUUUCAGUCUGAAAGACAAAGU